AUGGCAGAACAAGAAUCUGGGAGUCAAUUUUAUAACUUUCCUAAAGAGGAAUUAAAAGUUAUCGAACAAUGGGAUGAAGUUGAUGCUUUUAAGAGACAAUUAGAAUUAACUAAAGACUUACCAACGUUUUCAUUUUAUGAUGGACCACCUUUUGCCACUGGAACUCCUCAUUAUGGACAUCUUUUAACAUCCACCGUUAAGGAUAUUAUCCCAAGAUAUGCUUCAAUGAAUGGACAUUAUGUUGAAAGAAGAUUUGGUUGGGAUACUCAUGGAUUACCAGUUGAACAUGAAAUUGACAAAAAAUUAGGUAUUACUGGUAAAGAAGAUGUUAUGAAGUUAGGAAUUGAAAAUUAUAACAACGAAUGUCGUUCUAUUGUUAUGAGAUAUGCUGAUGAUUGGAGAAAAACUAUUAGAAGAAUGGGUAGAUGGAUUGAUAUGGAUAAUGAUUAUAAGACUUUAUAUCCUGAAUUUAUGGAAUCAGUAUGGUGGGUUUUUAAACAAUUAUUUGAUAAAAAUUCUGUUUAUAGAGGUUUAAGAGUUAUGCCUUAUUCAACUGGUUGUACUACCCCAUUAUCAAAUUUUGAAGCUCAACAAAAUUAUAAAGAUGUUAAUGAUCCGGCUGUUACUAUUGCUUUCCAAAUUCAAGGAUCUGAUGAUACUUAUUUGGUUGCUUGGACUACUACUCCUUGGACUUUACCUUCAAACAUUGCCCUUUGUGUAAAUCCAGAUUUUGAAUAUGUUAAAAUCUUUGAUGAAGAAAAACAAAAAUACUUCAUUUUAUUAGAAAGUUUAUUGAAAACUUUAUAUAAGAAACCAGCAGCUGCUAAAUUUAAAGUUGUUGAAAAGAUAAAGGGUAAAGAUUUAGAAGGUAUUAAAUAUGUACCAUUAUUCAAUUAUUUCUAUGAAGAAUUUAAAGAUCAUGGGUUCAGAGUUAUUACUGCUGAUUUUGUUACUGAUGAUUCAGGUACUGGUAUUGUUCAUCAAGCUCCAGCUUUUGGGGAAGUUGAUUUUGAAGCUACUACUAAAGCUGGUAUUAUCAAUGAAUAUAGAACUCCUCCAAAUCCUGUUGAUGAUAGAGGUUGUUUCACUUCUCAAGUUAAAGAUUUUGAAGGAUUAUAUGUUAAAGAUGCUGAUAAAGUUAUUAUUAAGAAAUUAACUGAAACUGGUAAUUUAUUGGUUAAUAGUCAAAUUAAGCAUAGUUAUCCAUUCUGUUGGAGAUCAGAUACUCCUUUAUUAUAUAGAACUGUUCCUGCUUGGUUUGUUCGUGUUGGGGAAAUCAUCCCUGAUAUGUUAAAUAAUGUUGAAAGAACUACUUGGGUUCCUUCUAACAUUAAAGAAAAAAGAUUCAGUAAUUGGAUUGCUAAUGCUAGAGAUUGGAAUGUUUCAAGAAAUCGUUAUUGGGGUACUCCAAUCCCAAUUUGGGUUAGUGAAGAUUAUGAAGAAAUGGUUUGUAUUGGAAGUGUUGAAGAAUUAAAGAAAUUAUCUGGAAGAGAUGAUAUUACUGACCUUCAUCGUGAAAGUAUUGAUAAUAUUGAAAUUCCUUCUCAAAAGGGUAAAGGUACUUUGAAAAGAAUUGAAGAAGUUUUCGAUUGUUGGUUCGAAUCCGGUUCAAUGCCUUAUGCUUCAAAACAUUAUCCAAUGGAAAAUAAAGAUAUUUUCCAUAAAGGUUAUCCUGCCAAUUUCAUUAGUGAAGGUUUAGAUCAAACUAGAGGUUGGUUUUAUACUUUAACUGUUUUAGGUACUCAUUUAUUUAAUACUGCUCCUUAUCAAAAUGUUAUUGUUACUGGUAUUGUUUUAGCUGGUGAUGGUAAAAAGAUGUCUAAACGUUUAAAGAAUUAUCCUGAUCCUUCAGCUGUUCUUGAUAAUUAUGGUGCUGAUGCUUUGAGAUUAUAUUUAAUUAACUCUCCAGUUUUAAGAGCUGAAUCAUUAAAAUUCAAGGAAGAAGGUGUUAGAGAAGUUGUUUCUUCUGUUUUAUUACCUUGGUAUAAUUCUUAUAAAUUCUUUAAAGAUUCUGCUGAUAUCUUUAAGAAAGAUAAUGGUGAAGAUUUCAUUUAUGAUGAAAAAUUGGUUUCAUCCAAUGUUAUGGAUAAAUGGUUAAUGGCUUCCAUUCAAUCAUUGAUUCAAUUCAUUCACACUGAAAUGGGUGCUUACAGAUUAUAUACUGUUGUACCUAAAUUAUUAUCAUUAAUUGAUGAUUUAACUAAUUGGUAUAUCAGAUUUAAUCGUCGUAGAAUCAAAGGUUAUUCUACUGAAGGUGUUGAAGAUACUAAAAUGGGUCUUAAUACUUUAGUUGAAGCUUUAUUAACUUUAUCAAGAGCUAUGGCUCCUUUCACUCCUUACUUGGCUGAUGGUAUUUAUCAAAAAUUAAAACCUUACUUUGCUGAACAAUUCUUAGGUUCAUUGUGUGUUAAUCCUAAACAUGAUGAUUUCAGAUCAGUUCAUUUCUUAUCUUAUCCAAGUGUUAGAGAAGAAUUCUUUAAUGAAAAGAUUGAAACUGCUGUUUCAAGAAUGCAAAAAGUUAUUGAUUUAGGUAGAAAUAUCAGAGAAAAGAAGAUGAUUUCUUUAAAAACUCCUUUGAAAGAAUUAGUUAUAUUACAUUCUGAUAAACAAUACUUGGAAGAUAUUAAAUCUUUAGAAAAUUAUAUUGUUGAAGAAUUAAAUGUUAGAAAAGUCACUAUCACUUCAGAUGAAGCCAAAUAUGGAGUUGAAUAUACUGUGGUUGCUGAUUGGCCAAUCUUAGGUAAGAAAUUAAAGAAAGAUGCUAAAAAAGUUAAAGCUGCUUUACCUAAUGUUACUUCAGCUGAAGUUCAAGAAUUUGCUAAAUCAGGUAAACUUACUGUUGAUGGUAUUGAUUUAGUUUCUGAAGAUUUACAAGUUCUUAGAGGAUUACCUGAAAGUGAAAUCGCUGAAGGUCAUGAAUCUAGAUCUUUCCAAGAUGUAUUGAUUAUCUUAGAUACUAAAUUAUAUCCUGAAUUACAAAAUGAAGGGUUAGCUAGAGAAUUAAUCAACAGAAUCCAAAGAUUACGUAAAAAGGCUGGUUUAAAUACUACUGAUGAAGUUAAAGUCGAAUAUAAAUUGGUUAAAGAUACUAUUAACUUAAAGACCAUCAUCCAAGAACAAGAAGAAAUCUUACUUAAAUCCACCAAGAGACCAGUUUGUGAAUUCACUGAAUCUCAUGAUUCAAAGGUUAUUAUUGAUGAAGAGCAAAGUAUUAACGAUACUGUGUUCCAAUUAAGAUUAUUGAAUCUUUAG